AUGAAAGAAGAAGAUAACGUGUUUAAGCCUAAUCGGAUAACUGCACUUCUCCCGUCCGACGACAGUUUUCUUUGGCUCGGAACUGGAGACGGCGUCAUCCUCCUGCUCAGUAUACAGAAUAUGUAUUCGUCUCCAGCCUCUGGGACCCAUGAGAUGUCGGAGCCUGAUUCACCCAGAAGCAAUGAGCACACCGAAGAACUGCUACUACAGGAGACCUAUGACGACUCGGCUCGGAGAGGUAGCGAGGUCCUAGGAAGAGAAUCUUUCAGCAAAGAUUUAGUCUUGGUUGGCAGUACCAUCUGCGAAGCCAAGAUCAUUUUGCCCAACCUUGAGUCAUGUGAUUCAUUGGCCCAUCCUUCGAUUCACCUGCUUGUCCGGCCUUUUCCAUACUCUGUCCUGUCGAAGGACCUGGAUCUCAGGUGCCUAAUCAUUGGCUUUGACGACCAGACCAGAUCUACUGGUCGUGCAUGUCAGCGUCAAGUUCCAUGUCUGCCGCGUCUUUUUGACACAGAACUUGACCAGAGCCUGCGUUACUUAUGCCUAAUGGCGCCUCCCAAAGGGUUUUCUCCUUCAGGUCGGACUACAGCUUCGACUUCACCUCACCAUCGGACCAGCGUCAGCCAGCAACAGAGACUCGAACCGAGGACUUUAGCGUAG